AGAAAGAAUGGAUAAUGGUAGGAAUUGCAUUAAUACUUCAAUAAGUUAACAAUUUUAAAUAUUUUUAGAGAAUCAACUGUCUAUUAUACAGGAAAUUAUAAAUAAAAUGUAAAAUAUGGUCAUUGGGGGAUGGAAUUUCCUGAUUAUAAUUUUUUUAUUGAAGAAUAAGAAGAAGAAGAGAAAACUAAGUUUAGAAUAAUUAAAUUAUUAUUAUAGUUUUGGAGGUAAAUAUGAUAAAAAUGGAAUUAAAAUUGGAAAAUGGGUUGAAUUUCAUGAAUAAUUUAGGUUAUCUUUAUAUAUUUAAUAUAGUAAAUCUCAAGUGAUAUAUAUUGGAGAAUAUAAAAAAGGACUCAAAUUUGGAGAAUGGAAUAUAGUUGACUAAAAUGAAGAUGUUAUGUAUAAUGAAAUUAAAAUAGAUAGAGGAAGCGGAUCAUAUAAUAAAAAAGGUUAAAAAGAUGGAGAUUGGAAAGAAAUAUAUUAUUCUGAAGCUUCUAUCAUGUAUGAAGGAGAAUAUAAAAAUGGAAAAAGAUUUGGAAAUUGGAAUAUUUUAGACGAUAAUGAGACAAUGUAAGAAUGCUUUCAUAAAUUAAUUUAGUGGAGGUGGUGAAUAUGAUGAUAAUGGAAUGAAAUAAGGAUAGUGGACAGAGUUUCAUGAAUAUUUUAUAGAGUAAAUAAUUCAUAAUAUAUUAGUAAUAAUCACAUAUAUUGUGAAGGGCAAUAUUUAAAUAAUAAAAGAAUUGGAAAAUGGGAAUGUUAUUGCACAAUUUCAUUUGGAAUGUAUGAAGAAGUGAAAAAAAUGUGAUUAAAACAGUUUUAUUUAUA